UUAUUGGUAGAAAUAGCUAACAGAAGAUCUAUUUUAGAUCAUGUUAAGAGAACUGACAAGGGCAGUGGGUGUAAGGAGAUUGCCCAGGUAGUGGCCUCCCUGGCAUCCUUGUUAGCCUGAGUAAACAGUACUCCCAUGACAGAACCUCAAUAGCCUUGCCGUGUUGAUAAAAUCUGACAUUCUGCUUAAUCACUUUUUAAUGAUAUUGUUCCUUUUGUUCUUGGUAUGUGAGAAACUAGCAGUUUUUUUAAGGCGUGGGAAAAGAUUAACUUCCAUUUCCUAAUUCAGUAAAAUGGGUUGGUAAUACACAUAUAAUCCUUGUGGGGACAGGAGGAAAAAAUGACCUAAUUUCUGUUUAUUAAAGGUCUCUUCAUACAUUUUUAAAAAGUUAUAAAGUACCUGAAAUCUUGAAAGGAAGAAAAUCUAAGGUGAAUACUCUGGCGACGUUGUAAGAAAAUCCUAUGAAUUCUGAUAGCAUGUCCCAUGUCACUGGUGUAUGCUAUUAAAAUGCAGAUGGAGGGGCGCCUGGGUGGCUCAGUGGAUUAAGCGUCCAACUUCAGCUCAGGGCAUGAUCUUGCAGUUCGUGAAUUUGAGUCCUGUGCCCGGCUGUGUGCUGACAGCUCAGAUUCUGUGUUUCCCUCUUUUUGCCCCUCUCCUGCUCACACUCUGUCUCUCUCUCUCUCUCAAAAAUAUAAUAAACAUUAAAAAAAAAUAAAAUGCAGAUGUAAAUAAGCACAAGUUUUGCAAUUCAUCAAUUUGUUGAAAUGGCUGGCUUUUUAGGGGGAAAAAAAGAAAAGAAAAAUAUACACUUGGGAUGGAAUCCUUUAGGGCAUAAAAAGGAAUAGAAUCCUCUAGUUAACUUGGUUAUUUGCAGUCGGUAUGUCAUUUGUGUGAGACUGAUGUCAUGCAGAUUGAAUGCAGAGGCCAACGUGUGUGUGUGUGUGUGGGUGUGUGUGUGUGUGCGCGCGCGCGCGUGCGCACGCGUGUGCUUUAAAGCCCCACUCCCAGAAUAUGAAGUGAGUGUGAAGGGCGCCACAAUAACCCUGGAUCUGUCAAGAAUGUACCUAUUUUUAACAAACUGGAUCAAGUGUCAGCACUCAAUAGGAGAUGAAGAAGGGGGUAGAGACUGUUCUACGGAUCCAGCGGACGGUAAACGGCCCUCUGGCAUGUUUACAGUACAGCUGUGCUUCCUUAAUGGCUCUGCCCCUGCCAUGCCAGUGCAGCUGUCUGCUUCGGGAAGUGAGGUCUACAGCAACGAGGAGAAUCUUCCAGAGCUGCCUCGCACUGUGACAUGUCUGAGCCCUUGCUCCAGUCCCUGCAACAUGAACAAGGUGGACACUCACUGACCUGUCACAAGGUUGCCCUGCAAAGCUUUGGGGUCCAUGUCUGAAUGGAUUGCUGUAGCCUUCUCAUCUCUCCCUUCGCCCAGUUCCCUGCAUCCUAAGACUCGAAGCCAGCACAGAGCCUGGAAAAAUUACAUGGUGUGAACGGCAUGUCUGUGGAUGAGAAGCCUGACUCCCCCAUGUAUGUGUAUGAGUCCACAGUCCACUGCACCAACAUCCUCCUGGGCCUCAAUGACCAACGGAAAAAGGAUAUUCUCUGUGACGUGACUCUGAUCGUGGAAAGGAAGGAGUUCCGGGCCCACCGGGCUGUGCUGGCCGCAUGCAGUGAAUACUUCUGGCAGGCGCUGGUUGGACAGACGAAAAAUGACUUGGUGGUCAGCUUGCCUGAGGAGGUCACGGCCAGGGGCUUCGGGCCGCUGUUACAGUUUGCCUACACCGCCAAGCUAUUACUCAGCAGAGAAAACAUCCGCGAGGUCAUCCGCUGCGCCGAGUUCCUGCGCAUGCAUAACCUGGAGGACUCCUGCUUCAGCUUCCUGCAGACCCAGCUCCUGAACAGCGAGGAUGGCCUGUUCGUGUGCCGAAAGGACGCUGCGUGCCCCCGCGCGCACGAGGACCGUGAGAACUCCGCGGGGGAGGAGGAGGAGGAAGAGGAGGAGACGAUGGACUCGGACACGGCCAAGGUGGCUUGCUCCAGGGACCAGAUGCUUGCAGACCCCAUCAGCUUUGAGGCUGCUGCCAUCCCAGUAGCAGAGAAGGAAGAAGCUUUGCUGCCCGAGUCCGAUGUGCCGCCCGACAGCAAGGAGAACUCCGAGAAGGACGCGUUAAGGCAGUACCCCAGAUACAAGAAAUACCAGCUUGCAUGUACCAAGAAUGUCUAUAAUGCAUCAUCACACAGUACCUCAGGUUUUGCAAGCACAUUCAGUGAAGAUAACUCUGGCAACAGCCUCAAGCCGGGGCUUGCCAUGGGGCAGAUUAAAAGUGAGCCGCCCAGUGAAGAGAACGAGGAAGAGAGCAUCGCGCUCUGCCUGUCCGGAGAUGAGCCUGACAUCAAGGACAGAGCGGGGGACGUGGAAAUGGACCGGAAACAGCCCAGCCCUGCCCCCGCCCCCGCCCCCCCUGCCGGGGCCACCUGCCUGGAGAGAUCCGGGAGUGUGUCCUCCCCCUCCUGCUUAAGGUCUCUGUUCAUAACAAAAAGUGUGGAGUUGUCUGGCCUGCCCGGUACCUCUCAGCAGCACUUUGCCAGGAGUUCAGCGUGCCCUUUUGACAAGGGGAUCACUCAGGGUGACCUUAAAACUGACUACACCCCUUUCCCAGGGAGUUACGGACAGCCCCACCUGGGCCAGAAGGACGUGUCCAACUUCACCAUGGGGUCGCCCCUCAAGGGGCCUGGGUUGGAGGCUCUCUGUAAACAGGAAGGAGAGCUGGACCGGAGAAGUGUGAUCUUCUCCUCGAGCGCUUGUGACCAAGUGAGCACUGCGGUGCAUUCAUAUACUGGGGUAAGCAGUUUGGACAAAGACCUCUCUGAGCCGGUGCCAAAGGGUCUGUGGGUGGGGGCUGGCCAGUCCCUCCCCAGCUCACAGGCCUACUCCCACGGUGGGCUGAUGGCUGACCAUUUGCCAGGAAGGAUACGGCCCAACACUAGCUGCCCGGUGCCAAUCAAAGUCUGCCCUCGCUCGCCCCCCUUGGAGACCAGGACCAGGACCUCCAGCUCGUGCUCUUCCUAUUCCUACGCAGAGGACGGGAGUGGGGGCUCACCCUGCAGCCUCCCUCUCUGUGAGUUCUCCUCCUCGCCCUGUUCCCAGGGAGCCAGAUUCCUUGCCACAGAACAUCAGGAACCAGGCCUGAUGGGAGAUGGAAUGUACAACCAAGUCCGACCCCAAAUUAAAUGUGAGCAGUCUUAUGGAACCAACUCCAGCGACGAAUCCGGAUCGUUCUCGGAAGCAGACAGUGAGUCGUGUCCUGUGCAGGACAGGGGCCAGGAGGUCAAACUUCCCUUUCCUGUAGAUCAAAUCACAGAUCUUCCAAGGAAUGAUUUCCAGAUGAUGAUUAAGAUGCACAAGCUAACCUCAGAACAGUUAGAGUUCAUUCACGACGUCCGACGGCGCAGCAAGAACCGCAUCGCGGCCCAGCGCUGCCGCAAGAGGAAACUGGACUGUAUUCAGAAUUUGGAAUGUGAAAUCCGCAAAUUGGUGUGUGAGAAAGAGAAGCUGUUGUCAGAGAGGAACCAGCUGAAAGCCUGCAUGGGGGAGCUGCUGGACAACUUCUCCUGCCUUUCCCAGGAAGUGUGCCGCGACAUCCAGAGCCCCGAGCAGAUCCAGGCCCUGCACCGGUACUGCCCCGUCCUCAGACCCGUGGGCCUCCCCGCAGCCUCCAGUAUUAACCCUGCGCCCUUGAGCGUGGAGCAGAACCUGGCCGCCUCCCAGUGCGCGGUGGGGGAAAGCGCCCCCUGCUGCCUGGAGCCGGGAGCGGCUCCCCCCGGGCCCCCCUGGGUGCCCGGCAACACCUCGGAAAACUGUACUUCCGGGAGGAGGCCGGAAGGCGCUGACCCCGGAACCUUCUCGGAGAGAGGGCCUCCUCUUGAAUCCAGGAGCCAGACGGUGACCGUGGAUUUCUGCCAGGAAAUGACUGAUAAGUGUACGACCGACGAACAGCCCAGGAAAGAUUACACCUAGUGACGCGGCCUGCCUCCCAGUUCUCACGCCUCUCCCACCCAGGUGUUCUCCGGUCAGCCUGUGGUGCUGCUCAUCUGUUGUCUGGAAGAACCGAGAAGGAAUUUGGUGCACACUACAGCGUUCUUAGCAGCAAUACUGUUUCUGAGUAUUCCCUCCUCUCUUCAAGCGGGAGUGAUAUACAGUUCCCUUCACAAUGGUGCUACCCCUUGCUCAGGCGAGGAAAGACGGGCGGUGCUGACGCUGCCUGUCUGUGGGUUAAUUUCAGUCUCAACAGGGAUAGACUAGAACACCUCUAGGACCCAACCACGGAUUUUUUUUCUCAGUGGCCCAUGUCACAAACCCUAUCUCAGGAAUUUCUUCUGAAUGUUCAAUUUUUUUCAUUGAAGACAGCUUCUAUACACAUCAAAGUUUUAUAGCUAGACUGUACAUAUUAUAUAUAAUAUAUAUAUAAGAUAUAUAUAUAUCCAUAUGCAAAAGUCCUGCAUGCCUCAAUUUUCUCAUCCUAAAACUGGAAAACUUCAUUUCUCAUUUAUAAACAGGUUCCAACAUUCCUCUUCUUUUGUCUCUGAUGCUAGAACUAGUUUGGUAACUGUUAACAUGGUCAUUUUUCUUGCUUCACAGUUCAAUUUCAAUUUGUACUUAUUUAUGGAACAGAAUUCAAUGUUGGAAACUUCUUUUGAGGUUUUAUUUCAGACCCUUUUUUUGUUUGUUUGGUUUGCUUUGGGCACCGUCAGAUGGUGUCAUCUGAGUGUUGUGGGUUGUUUUUUUGUUUUUGUUUUUCUUGCAGAUACUGUACAGUCAUGGUCAACUUUGCCACUUGCACUGAGUUUUGGGUCAAACCUAUUUUCUUAAAUGAAGUUGUUGCUUCGGUAUAACUCGAGUAUACUGUAUAUUCUUUGCUUUUAGUUUAAAAGUAAGACAUUUUAGCUAAUUAAAAAGCACUCAGGUGAUAAUUAUGUAGGAAAAAUAAUCUUGCCAAAUAAUGAAUUCAUCCUAGGAUGUGUAGACAAUAAUCUGCUUGAAUAUUUUUAUAUUUCACCUCCUCCCCACCUUUCCCAGAAGCAAAGUUUAAAUGCAGAGAGUUCAGAGUUGAUGCUGGAUGUUCAGACUCCUAAGUGGGGAGAGUUUGGACGUCCACUCAAAAGUGCAUCCAAACAGCAGGAACCCAUGAUUUUGUACCAGAACUCAGCAGGCAUUGGCUCCUAAAAAUCAAGUUAGAACUAUUUUCUCACCCAGGGGGCAAGUCCCAUUCAUUUCAACCCAUCCUCAGGCCCCUGCCUGCCCGUGAAAGUGCAGUGCAGGAGGAAUUUCUUGGAAGGAUUUGUCUGAUCAGCCACCCCACUCCCUUGCCCAGGCCCCAGCUCCCAGGACAUCUCACCUGAGUGGGUUUGAAUCACAGCGCCAGGCGUCCUGGGUUAAGGCAAUUCACCCAGAGUAGGAGAGAGCAGGGCACAUGUAAGCCUGGGGUCUGUCCCUAAUACAGACAAAAGCAUUUCUUUCUCCCUCCCUUCUCCAAAUGCUUUGAGUUGAAUUCUGAGGUUUUUCUGCUCGUCUCUUGUCCAAAGGCAGAUUUCAUUCUGAGGCUUUGGAUACAGUAUGGCCAAGGAGCCCUCCCUAUCCCCUUCCCCCACCACACACACACCUACCCUCACCUGAUGAUAAUUUUCUUCUCUUGCUGCAAAACUGGUUGGCUUGCAACCCACAGAGAGCAGCUUCCCUUGGCUCUGGGGGCGUGCUGGCCCCUGGCCACGUUUACAGGAAGAUGUGCCCAAGACCCUGCCGCCAGCCUAAGAGGAGGAGGAAUCCGCUCCCUCCCUCCGGUCGGCCCUCCAGCCUGGCUGCAGGUAGAGUCCUGAAAGGUUUGAUGUGGGGAUGGGGUGGUGGGCAGUGGGGACUAGAUGGUUGACUUUGUUUCUUUAUUUGUGCCAUUGUUUGGACAAUAUUAAAGCUGCAUGUAAAAGGGGAAAUUAGUAUAUGACGUAGGCAAAAAGUGAAAUCAUAGUAACAUAUGUUUUAGUAUUAUUAACUUUUCUGUACAAAUAUUAGCGCUAAAUGUUUAAAUAUGUAUGAAUGCCAGAAAUUUGUUGGUUCAUGCGGUAGGAUAAAAAAAAAAAGGCUUUUCUUUUAAAAUAGUUCCGCUUUUAAAACCUGCCUCUGGGUUUUUGUUUUUUCUCAUGUGCGUGUGUAUGUGUGUGCUAGUCUGAGUCAGAUUUUGGUAAAGCUCAGCGUUGGAGCUGCCAUUUUUAUUAUGGUUGUUGGAAUUUCUUGGCCUAGUGGAAUGGUUCUGUGCUUCACCGUGGGGUUUGCCUUUGUGGAAAACUGGUGACAGCUGGAAUUUAAAUUCAAUGUGAAUCAUGUGAUACAUCACAGGUGAUAUACAUCCACAGGUGUUAAUGGUGGAGGAGUCAGCCAACAGUAUUGUUUAACUCUCGUGUUGCCUUUUUUAAGUGACCUCCUCUUCUUUUGAAAAAAGAAUGUUUUCUGCUAGUAUCAUAACCAGGUCCAAACAAGCUUGCUGGCAUGACUUACCCUGGCGACAACUCAUGUGCAACUGGUAGUCUUGACCACAUUCCAUCAGUCUCCCCGCUGUCUGUUGUUUGGUCCGCACACACACACCUGUGCCACGGCCAUUUCCAGGUGGGGAGGGGUCUCCUUAUUUCCCUCCACCCUAACUCAGCCCACAUCCUCCUUCCACCCACCCCCGCCUCGCUUUUCUCCCCCUUCCCCAGUCAAACCCCUACAAUGGGACUGGUUAAAGACACUGCUUGGAAAACUGUCUUUCCAUUUCUUAGAGAUUUUUAACAGGUUGUUAUGAUUUUGUUCACUAUGUACCAUAAACAGUGACUGGCUUUGUGCAAUUGUCUAUGUGACUCGUCUUGUCUUUUACUACCCCGAACCAUGUGUUCGUCCAAAUUGUUUCUGGGUUGAUUCAAAGGGAGGACUAGUUGGGGACCAGAAUCCAAAUUGCCUCAAGUGGAGUUUUAAGAACCAGCCUGUCUCCUUUCCCUGGGAUCCCUUAGUGAGGCCCAUGUCUUUUAUGAAAAAGAAAAGCAAGUUAAUAGCAAAGAACAGUGUUUGCACGGCAUGGUGGCAUUUAAUUGUGCUUUUA